AUGUCCAUAGCUUCGCUGCCUCCAAAAGUCAUCAAGAAAUUCGACCACGAUGGUAGCAGCAAGACAUACCUCGGACACUCGGUGAUAUGUCAGCUCCCUCAAGAUUCCCCGCUGGCCGCUACUUUGAGAGGCUUGCGCCAAACCCUGAGCCAGCACAAGCACUCUGAACUGUUCAAGAACGAGGCCCUGUUGCCCGCCUCCAGUUACCAUAUGACCGUCUUCAUCUGUGUGCGCGACCUAGAGCGAGGAGAGAACGUCAUGCCUAAGGACGGCUAUGCGCCGGAGAUCACGGAAAGAAGCGGGCUGACAGGGCCGUAUGACGAAUGGCUGCAGUACACCAUCCAAAAAGCUCAGGAUGUUUCCCUGGAGGAUCAAAUGCGACCGCCAUACAUGUUUUUUGUGGAGAAGGAGGUUCCUCAGAUAGGAUACAGUAUCGGUGUGAGGCUGGAAGCGACACCAGAUACGAGCCCCAAACUCGCGCAUCUGCGCGAACAACUAGAGGACUUAACAGGAAUUACGGCCCCGGCCUCUUACAUCUUCCAUGUGACUUUGGCGUAUCUACUGCGGGCCCCAACUCCGCAAGAAGGGAAUGAGUUGAAGGCGCUUGUCGAGAGUCAUCUUGCUAAUGCUCCAGAGACUGUGGAGUUCCCCGCCUAA